UUUCUGCUUGAUGUGUUCCCAGAAUUUUCCUCUAUCAUCAAUCGGCGUUUUUUCAAUAGGUGUUUCUGAUGUGAAGAUGCGGGGGCUGUUACACAUUCUACGAUUUUUGGUUUGAAAGUAGGUUUUGUAUGUAUUCCUAAGUAACGGAAUUCGCAGAACCGGGAUAAUGAUUAUCACGAAGUAUUUGAUAUUGGAACGUUUACAUGGAUUAAUGUUAGAAAAGACUUCUAAGUGUUAUAACGUAUGAAAGAAGAAGCAAUUGCUGUUAUGGUGUAAUUGUGAUGUAAGAAAGGUUAAUUUAUAGUAAUAAGAUACUAAUAUCAGUGCAUAAAUAAUUAGUGAUUUCAUAAAAGAAGAAUUACGUUACGAGUGUUUUACCAUUGGUAUUCACCUAGCUGUUACAAUAAUGUGAGUUAUUUUAGGCAAAGCAGUUAGAAAAGAUAUAACAAAACUUAAGUGUUAUAGAACUAUUAUCUCUCACACAAUGAGCUCUGGUGCAGCGGGGACUCUUGGUGGUGAAAAUUCGGUCGGUGGAGGAUCAACACUAAAACCUUAUCUUAAAAGAAAGAAAUCUUCUCUAGGGGAAACUAAAAUAGCCGUGCUCGGGGCAGAAGGUGUGGGGAAAAGCGCACUGUCAGUUCGUUUUAUCACCAAACGAUUCAUAGGAGAGUAUGACCAGUCGACAGAAAAUAAGUAUAAAUAUAGAACAGUUGUGGAUGGAGAGGAGAUGGCCUUUGAAGUCCUUGAUACACGAUCAUUGAAUGAAGAUUGUGGGGCAAGAGAGGAUGUUUUACGCUGGGCGGAUGGAUAUGUACUGGUUUAUUCAAUGAUUUGUCGGAAGUCCUAUUUGAUGUUACAAGAAGUACAAAAGAAGGUUGAAGAAUUUCGAAAAGGAACUAGUAUACCAAUCGUUGUUAUUGGAAACAAAGCGGACCUAGCUCAUAUGCGUCAGGUUACACAUGAAGAAGGUCAAACGUUUGCUGAAUCACUGGGUUGUCCGUUUCUGGAGGUAUCAGCGUCUGAAGACGUCACGAAUGUAACGGAAGCGUUCCAUUCUCUCUGCCGAGAGAUUGUAGAUUUUAAACGAAGGUCAAGGACAUUUUUUGAACGGGUGUUUGGUGCAUUUGGAAAAGAAAAAGUUACCUCUUGAUCAAAAAUUUGAUCUGUUAUAUGGCAAACUCAUCAACGGACGUUAGAUGGUGAUACAAUAUGCUUUCUUUUCAAGAGUCAGAUUGUUAGAUAUGAAAUCAUCUAUCUUUCAAGUUUUUUGCAUUGUAAACAAUUAGAAAAAUGUAAAGUUAAAAUUUUCCUUUGUGAUUUUACAAAACUUUUGGUGACAACUGAUGGCAAAGUUGUUUUAUAAAAAUGUCUUGUCAGGAAAAUACGAUGGCGUAAUUGUAAGGUAAUAGACCGUAUUUGAAAUAGAAAUGGAAAGUGAAUUCAGGUGUUGAAAAUAUAAAUGUAUUUAAACGGAUGUUAUUUUUUUUCUCGUAAGUUGAUAAUUAGAAUUAGCUAAACACAAUGUUUAAGAAUAUUACCAUAAACAUGACAAAACUUGACAACUAAAUAAUCGUACAAAGCAAGUAUGUCAGAAAGUUUCAUUAGUUUCUUUCAAAUUACAUAAGUAUGUGUUUUAAACAAAUUUGUUUUAGAAAUGAAACCUAGUAAUAUCUUUGUAACCUUGCAAAGAUAUAUUAUUUGUUAAGCAUUAUUAAUGAUGUUUGAUGUUUGGUGUUAUGAUGUUCUCUGUUAUGUAAUGUCCAAAUUAAAAAUUGUUGAAAAACUACUUUUUUAUUU